AUGACUAUAACGGAACCUCCUACAGGAAUCCAAACGGCACCGCCUAAACACCUAGGCCAACCGACGAUCGACUGCACGAGACAAGGGCCGAUACAAGCGGAAGGCCUCACCGAAGCCGUGUGUCUCUGCCCUAGUGGUACUGCAACGGUCUCUCUCCCAGUCCUCACGGUUCCCCCGCACGGGGGGUUCGGCCCGGAGGCCAGUUGUGCAUAUACGGCUCUGCCGACAUCAGCCGAGGACCUGAAUCCAAUCACCUCGAUAUGGGCUAGCACCUGGACCAACAUAAUGGAUUGCAGUGAUUGCACUCUGACUGGAGGGCAAGACAAUGCUGCAGAUUGUACGAGUAUGCCUUCAUGCACGCCAGUGCCCACAGUGAAAGUCACCUAUUCGAAUAACACGAUACCGGUUGGUACUUUCGUCAACCCGGAUAAGGACUAUUCGCCGUCCAAGAGGAAGAGAGACUCGACUCCACGAAAUGUGACUCUUGCCACUGAACGGUUGUUCAAUGGGAUGGUGGAUGAGGGCGGACCGUGUGCAGCGACGUCGGAAGGUUGUAACAGCAAAACAGACUUGGUGUUCGACGACGUGAUCACUACCGCUGGGGAGGGAGAAGAAUUCCUCAAAAUAACGUUUACUGUGGAUCAAAGUGUUUUCGAUGAUGAAUAUGCCCGAAACGAAAUGCUAGUCGCAGGGCUCACCUGGUGGUCGCUAGUAGCUACCCAGAAUUGCCAGGACGUGGAUUACAAGGACGCGGCGAGUAACACGGGAUCUGGGUGUGGCUCUGGGCCCCUCAAACGGUCGCAAGUUGAAAUGGAUAAGCGAAGUCCCGUCAGCCCUGGAGAUGUUGACGUAGACACCGGCAUGGAAUGCACCUACCAAGUCAAACUCUGCCAAGCGCCAGAUGCAAUUCGUAAGUCGAGGGUUUCCAUACGACCAAUACCUUCACUACUAAUCAGGGAGCAGAUGUCGUUAAGGGGCCGCAUGACGACCCGUAUAAAUACUCGUUAG